UGUGCGCCGGCAACGGGUCAGAAGUGAUCGGCACCUUUUGCAGGUCCAUCACCUUCUACCUCCAGAACCUGGAAGGAGAAGCUGUAGCCUGGAGCUUUCACAGUGAUGUUAUAGUGACCGUGAAAUUCGGUGAUCCUCCUGAAGCCACGUUUUUUGAUGACAACUACAAGCCACACUUGGCCUUCCCCAGGAACGGCAGCGCACUCACCUUCUCCCAGCUGAGGAUGGAGGAUGCUGGUACCUACACUGCCAAGAGCUCAGGGGUGAAAUCCACCUUCACUUUACACAUUUAUAGGGAGCUGUCAGUGCCCACGGUGACCUGCAUGGUGCAGAACUGCUCAGCUGGCAUCUGUCGCUACAUCCUGUGGUGCACCACAUCUGCAGGCACCUACUCCAUCAGGAAGGCUGCAAUUGUGACUGCAGCGGUGGCAGGAGCUGGAGUGCUUUUAGCAGCCGUUAUCCUCGUGAUCUACUGCAAACCCAAAAGCUGUAGGAUCUUCCAUUUGACUGCAGACAAGGCUGUGAACACAGCUCUGGUCAUCAAAGAGGAUUCAGGGCAUCAAAGCCCCACGGAGCGUGAUGAUGGCCUGGAGCUGCUGACAGACCCCAACACAACCCCUGGGGAUAUGGACAAGCUGACGACGUGGCCAACAGCCUCCCCAACCCCUCUGUGGAGCAGGGACCCCAUCAUCACCACCGUGCUGACACAAAGAGAUGCUGCAGGGAACAAAACACGAAACGCAUCAGCUGUUCCCAUCAAGUACUGGUCCCCUGCCAUUUUUGUGGUGGUCGCUCUGCUCGUGCUCUUCUUCACCUACCGGUGGACUAAGGGGGAAGGGAGCUGGGACCGAGCCACCUCCACUGGCGACUCUUCAGACUUGGGAGCCCUGGAUCACACCAGCACCCCGAAAACAGCCGCUCCCCAGGAGGAGAGAAAAGGGCCAGAGAAACCCCCAGCCCUGGAGCACAACGAAACCACCUUCAGCGAGCCAGACCCCACACCAGACCUGCAG